AUGGAUCUGUGCAAGUCGACCAGAAGGAACAAAAGCCCUCAUACUCUGAGACGUACGUGCCGGAUGCAGCAAAGACGGACUCCGAUGAAGAUGGCAUUGGCAGUGAAGACACCAGAGCGCCAAACCCUAUCAGCCCGACCCACCGACGUGACUGGACAACUCAGGGUGACUACCUGCCGCAGUCAAGUCCUACGCAGCGUGACCUGA